GCUUACGUCAUAUGAUGGCGACGGAAGCGUGCACACGCCAUCACGACCUUCCUGAGGAAAACUAAACAAUGUAAUAAGCUGAAAUUAUAACACCAGUGCUUUGAGUAUUUAUUUUAUUCAGCCCGCAUCAUGUUUCGUACCACGUUGGCAAUAUGUGGAAGAACAGUUGUUAAAAGGUUCAUCUCAUCGGUCUCUGGAGAAAGCGCGCUUCCAUCAAAUCUACGACUUCCAUCAAAUCUCAUCGGAGUCGCAGGACAAAAGAGGGCUCCUCCAUCCGGUUCUGAUCUUCCAGUUUUGCGCAGAUGUGACGCCAAUAUCCCAGCUCACCUGGCACCCACUCAAACAUGGCUCGAGUCUUUGGCCAGUCUUGACAGUGAACCGCUUGGCGUGGUUGACCUACACCCUGAUGUCUUCUCAGUGCCUGUUAGGUUGGACAUUCUCCAUGCUGUAGAGGUCUGGCAACGUAAUUUCAAACGGAUAAGCCAUGCAAAAGUUAAGUCAAGAGCUGAAGUCAGCGGUGGAGGGAGGAAACCUUGGAAACAAAAAGGAAGUGGGCGGGCACGACAAGGAAGCAUUCGUUCUCCACUAUGGAGGGGAGGAGGAGUAGCUCAUGGUCCACGAGGACCAACCAGCUAUUAUUACAUGUUGCCCAUGAAGGUGCGGGUGCAAGGGCUGAAAAUCGCCCUAACUGCCAAACUGGCUCAGGAUUACCUUCAUAUUGUGGACUCACUAGAGAUUCCCACUCUAGACCCCCACUAUCUCCAGGACCUGGUCAAACACAGACAGUGGGGGGAUUCAGUCCUCAUCGUUGACGUAGGUGAAGAAUUCCCUCAGAACAUUCUCAAGGCAACUGAACAUCUGAAAACAGUGAAUAUUAUUCCAGCUAUAGGUCUAAAUGUCCACAGCAUGUUGAAACACGAAAGCCUGGUUCUUACUCUGGAAGCUGUAAAAUUUCUUGAAAAGAAGCUUCUUUGGCAUGAUGUGCGUUACACUCCCCUGCAUCCCUUUAAACUCCCAUACAGAGACCUGCCAUGAACACAGCACUGAUGUCAGAGUAUUAAAAUGUUUAUUUCAUAAAAACAGUGA